CAGGUUGCACCUCCCACAUGGGGUGACCAGAGGAUUACUGUGAGCCUGAUUAGUUUGUAUCUGUGGUCCAGGAUGUUAGUAGAGGUGUGCACCAAAACAAAUGAAUGGACAUAGACUUACUUCUGUACCAGUUUCAGAGAAAAUGGUGGCCACUGUGCUCACCUUGCUCACCUCAAGUAAACAUGUUCAACCUGAUGAGCAACUGCUGCACAUGGGUUUCCAAGAUACAAGAGCCGAUCAGGAAAGUGACUGUCCUUGUGGUUGGUCUUGACAAAGCAGGAAAAACAUCCUCCAUCAGAGGGAUGUUAAGAGUCCCUUAUGCUGUGGAGGCAGGACCCACCCACGGCUGUGUCCGAAAUGAGCUGAGGGUGGAGAACUACCUGGUCACUCUGAUGGACGUGGGGGGGUCAGUGGAGUCGAGGGGCAUCUGGAGGGAACUCUGUGGAGAGGCCCAUGGAAUCAUCUUCGUGGUGGACUCAUGUGACCGGCAGAGGAUCAAGGAGGUCAAGGAGGUUCUGGCCGACCUGUUGAAGCAACCGAGAGUGGCAGGAAAACCCAUAUUGGUGUUGGCCAACAAACAGGACAAAAUGAAUGCUUUACUGGGAAGUGAACUGAUUGAGAUUCUGUCUCUGGAGAGGCUGGUCAACCAGAGCCGCUCUCUGUGCCAUAUUGAGCCUUGUUCAGCCUUAAUGGACCUGCGACGCUGGUCAGACAGGAAGACUCUGCGAGGCCUUCGCUGGUUACUGCGAGCUGUAUCUCUGGAUUAUCCGGAGCUUUGUACUCGUAUAGCCCAGGACAGCAACAGGCCUCUGGAGCCCAGAGAAAAGGAAAAGAAUGGGAAAACAGAGAAAAUUCGCAGGAAAACCAAGGUGGAACGAAUGCGAUCCAGCAAGUCUGAUCUCCGUGAGGUUCAUCGGCCAAAGAACAGUGAGAAAAAGACAAAGAGAGAAGGAAAACUGCAACCCAUUCGAAACAUGUUGCCAAAGGAGGCCACUCUGAAAAAGAAGCUGAAGACAAAGAAGAAGAAGAAGCCAGGGAAGGUUGUGGAAAGUGAAAAAGAUCAAGAUCUAAAUGAACAGGAGGCGGAGGAUGGGGAUGAUGUUGGUAAUGAAGCAGAUCAAGAACCUUCUGCUAAUAGAGAGAAAGCCAGCAGCGCUCUGAUCACCCCCAAAAAGGGGAAAGUGAAACGCAAAGCAAAAGUGAAAAAAGAGACUUUGGAUGUGCCAGAAUCACCUGACAAUGACAAGAAGCCUCUCAAAGUCAAAGGAGAAAACAAGAAGAAGAAAAUUGUCAAAGUAAAAAGGAAGAACAAGAUCAACACAGAGGAAAUGGCUGAAACUUACUCCCAGCCUGUGGAUCUGUCUGCAACUUUUGAUGACCCUGUCUCCUGAUAGAUCUUUACCGGAAAGCAAUACAGGCGCUGAAGGAACGUCAGAGUCAAGAACGGUGAGACGGAACAUGACAUGAGGAUCGUCUUUAUCCCCAUCACUACUGGAAAUACACCAACAGAUCCACUUCAUACACACUUCAGCACCAGACCUGAACCCUGAACCUUUGGGAUAAAACAAACUCAACUGAGUAAUGAAGGGCAGGUCUCGAUAAUCAUGUCAUAAUGUUGAAAA